AUGGCUUUUGCUGCCUCCCUGGCUGACCUCCAAGAACAGGCCACCUGCCCUAUCUGUCUGGAUUACCUGAGAGAUCCAGUGACCAUUGGCUGUGGCCACAACUUCUGUCAUCCCUGCAUCCAACAGUGCUGGGAAGAGCUACAGGACUUCUUCCCAUGUCCCAUCUGCCUGCACCACUGCCUUGACCGGAACUUCAGGCGGAACACCCAACUGUGUCAUAUGACUGAUAUUGUGAAGCGACUUCCAAUAAUGAGGAGCAAGAGGAAACUCAAGGAAGAGAAACUUCUAUGUGAGAAGCACCACCAGGUGCUAGCCCUGUUCUGUGAGAAGGACUUGGAGCUGCUCUGUCUACAAUGCAGGAUCUCCCCCAACCACUUGGGUCACCACCUAAUGUCUAUUGAGCAAGCUGCAACUAGUCACAGAAGGAAGCUCAAAAGCUACAUUGAACCUCUGAGAAAGAAGUUUGAGGAAGCUCAAAGGAGAUUUGAAAUUCAAGUCUCAAAACUAUUGGAAUUGAAGUUCAAGGUUGAAAAUCAAAAGAGUGAAUUAUACUCAGAAUUUGAACAUUUUUUAAAUUUCUUGGAAAAGGAACAAGGAGCAAUUCAUAAUAGGAUACUAAAUGAAGAGAAGGGUAUUGUAGAGAAACUAACUGAAAACAGAAGGCAAAUUUCAGACUACAGUUCAACACUGAAUAAUCUACUUAGUAAAAUAACAGAGAAGUGUGUACAGGCAGACCUGGAUUUACUGACAGGAAUAGGAAGUAUCCACAAUAUGUAUGAAAACCUAAAAACCCCAAAAGUGUUUUCAUAUGAGUUAAAGAGGGAGAGUUUCAGUCUCCCUCCACAAUAUUUUGGCCUGGUAAAUAUGAUCAGCCUGUUUAAGGAAAAUCUGACACUAGAUCCUAAAACAGCCCACCACAAUCUGAUUAUCUCAGAAGACAGAAAAACCGUGAUAUAUGGA